AUGUUUGGUCAAGAAUGGAUCGGCUGGUGGGAGAAGAGCGUACAUUUUAUGAAAAAGAACAUACAAUCGACAAAGCAACCCAUCAGAAGGAUGAUGCCCCAAUGGACCGCCACCGUCGCCGAAAAAAUCUCUCCUGUUGUGAAGACUAUGUCUUCAUCAAAGACCUUGGACUUUCAUCUUCACGGGAAGGGGCAGUCGGUGAUAGGUUGGACAAUUAGGCUUCAGACAGUGGGAUCAACCAAAAGGUUUGCGUACCUACAUGAAGAUUGCCAUCCGCGGACUAUCCAUCGGGAUAUCAAAUCUGCAAACAUUCUUGUUGACUACAACAUGAAGAUUACCAUCCGCGAAUUAUCCAUCGGGAUAUCAAAUCUGCAAACAUUCUUCUUGACUACAACUUUGAAACCAUGGUUGCUGAUUUCAACAAGGCGUGGUUCGGUCAGUUUGAAGUUUCUGGCGGCGAGGGCCGCAAGAAUGCAUGGUCACGACGAAUCGGAAGGAGAAUUGCGUGACUAUCGUGCACCGUCUUGCAUGGCGAAAGCUUUCACGAGGACAGAGGUAGAAAAUGAGCUGGAGCUUCACAGCGCGGUGCCACUUGCAACGCGACUAAAAGUGCCACCGCGGCCCGCGAUAGCCGUCGCGUCGCGACAGGCUGGGCCUAGCCAGCAGUUUCACGUGUGA